UUUGGCAUUGGUCACGGCAUUGCUUUACAGCUCGGGGAGGCAGGGGCCACAGUUUACAUCACAGGCAGAACAUUAACAUUACCCCCAGGUGAAGAGUCGGUGGGAAGUUGUCUGACAGACACAGCAAAAGAAAUUGAAAGCAGGGGAGGUAAAUGUAUUCCAGUUCAGUGUGACCACAGCAAGGACGAAGAUGUGGAGAAUCUGUUCCAGAGGCUCAAGUCUGAACAGAGUGGACAGCUGGACCUACUGGUCAACAAUGCUUACUCAGCUGUCACAGCCAUUAUGAAAAAUAUAGGAGUGCCAUACUGGGAGCAACCAAUGAACAUGUGGGACACAGUGAACAACGUAGGAUUAAGGAACCAUUAUCUGUGUGCUGUUCAUGCUGCCCGCCUCAUGGUGCCGCGAAAGCAGGGGUUGAUUGUCAACAUUUCAUCUGUGGGAGGACUGAGAUAUUUGUUCAAUGUACCCUACGGCAUUGGAAAAGAAGCCUGUGAUAGAAUGGCAGCUGAUUGUGCCAUGGAGUUGAAGAAACACAAUGUGGCUUUUGUCAGCUUAUGGCCAGGUAUAGUGAAAACAGAACACAUGCUGAGUAACUCUGAAAAAUUGGAUGAGAAGACACUGGAAAAGGCAGCAGGACCUGAUUCCCCAAUCAAAAUUGAUAAAAAUAAGAUGAAGGAAAUGUUACAAAAUGCGGAGUCUACUGAGUUUGCUGGGAAAUGUAUUGUCCACCUAGCACAAGACCCAAAUAUUAUGACAAAAUCUGGACAUAUUUUAAUGACAGCAGAGCUAGCCAGGGAAUAUGGAAUAACGGACAUUGAUGGUCGGACAAUUCCAAGCAUGCGCCAAGUAAACCAGUUUCCUGGUGCAGGGCUCCUGCCAAACUGGAUCCGGCUCCCUAAAUGGAUGAUGGCACUCGCUGGCAACAAGUUUUAAUUGGAAAAGAAUUACAUGUUCUAUGUGAUCUCUAUUAUCUCUGUAUAAAUACUUAAUUUGCCCAUAAAUGAGAAGAAAUUAAUUUUACAUGUACAAAUACACUCAAAUGACUUGUCUUUAGAUAUUUAUAUAUACAUGUACAUGUGUAUAUUGAAAUGUAUGACUUGUCCUCAAAUGUAUUAUAUUCAUUUGUGAAUUUUAAAUGUGCAGCUUGACCUCAAAUAUUGUAAAUUAAUCAUGAAUUUAAUGUAUGACUUGUCCUCAAAUAUUGUAAACUUAUUUACCAUGAUGUGUACCAUGUUUACCAUAAAUAUAAUUAUUUCUCUCCACCACUGGGAUCAAUACUAGUAUCUUUUUUCCCAAAAGGUUGUAAGUUGAAGAAAACUAAAUAUAUGUACAUGAAACACAGAAUUUAUAUAUAUUUUUUUUGAGAUUUAUGUAUAUUUGUAUGUUUUGACUUUUUACCAUGUUUACUGUUCAGAGGUGUUAAAUAUCAAAAUUGAUUUAAUUUAAUAUAAAAUUAUCUAGUAAUUGAA